AUGAACGGUAAAUUUCGGAAAUCAUACCGGCUCGGACGUCGCCCGGGUGAACAAGGUCCGCGUCCUCUGUCGUGGAACCAGGACAGAGUCGAAAAGUUGGCUACUGGAACAACCGUUUCUUCAGAAACAACAACGGCAAACCACAUAUCAGCAGCAACAACUCAGAGAACAUCAACAGCACCAACGUUAACAAUAAGUCGGAGAAUAUCAGCACCAAUAACAGCAUACAAGCCAAUCUCCAACAAACUAAAAAUAGCAAAGGAUGUCUUCACGGUCGGUACAUGGAAUGUUCGAACAUUAUGGGCAACUGGUAAAUUGGAACUACUACGAAAUGAAAUGAAACGCUACAAAUACGAUAUCAUUGGCAUUUCAGAAGUGCGCUGGACAGAUAAAGGUGAAACAGCAAAUGGUGAUUUCAUUUGGUCAGGUGAAAGUAACACACAUAUCAGAGGAGUGGGCAUGCUACUCAGCACAAGAGCUCAAAAGGCACUUGUGGGCUACAAUCCAAUAAAUUCAAGACUAAUUACAGCAAGAUUCAUGGCAACACCAUGCAACAAAACAGUAGUCAAUGUAUAUGCUCCAACAUCUGACGCCUCAAGAGAAGAUAUUGAAACAUUCUACGACGACUUGGAAGGUACAAUAUUAAAAACUCCGAAAAAAGAUAUACUUAUCAUAACUGGUGAUUGGAACGCAAAGGUGGGUGAUGACAAUGCAGGCUGGGAGUGUGCAAUGGGCAAAUAUGGCUAUGGAAAACGAAAUGAACGUGGUGAACAAUUAUUAGAAUUCGCAACAUCACACAACUUAUUCAUUUGCAACACAGCAUUUCAACAAAAAGCAAGUCGAAAAUGGACAUGGGAAUCACCGAAUGGUUUACACAAGAACAUGAUUGAUCUAAUCUUGAUUCAAAAGCGCUGGAAAUCAUCCGUCAUCAACUGCUUAAAAAUUGAAAUGUUUAAUAAUGAUAAAUGA